AUGAUGAUGGCAGGGGCAUCCAAAACCCUAACAAAUCUUUACCCCUCUUUCCCAUUUACAACCAAACCCCAAAACCCACUCAUCACAAACAACCCAAACCCCUCUUUCCCUUCUUCUCGCCUCCGCCACCGCGCCACUUUUGCGGUCGCCAACCUUGUUCAACCUCCAACCAUCGCGACCGAGUCAACCACGCCGGGUCAGUACCGAGUCGACGUGCUAUCUGAAUCGCUCCCCUUCAUCCAGAAAUUCCGCGGCAAAACCAUAGUUGUCAAGUACGGCGGUGCCGCCAUGAAGUCCCCGGAGCUUCAGGCCUCCGUGAUCAAUGACCUGGUCCUCCUCUCCUGCGUGGGUCUCCGUCCCGUCAUGGUCCAUGGCGGCGGCCCCGAGAUCAACUCUUGGCUCGGCCGCCUUAACAUCCCCGCCGUCUUCCGCGACGGCCUCCGCGUCACUGAUGCCGAUACCAUGGAGAUAGUCUCCAUGGUCCUCGUCGGCAAGGUCAACAAAACCCUCGUCUCCCUCAUCAACAAGGCCGGCGCUACCGCUGUCGGGCUCUCCGGCCUCGACGGCCGCCUCCUCACGGCCCGCCCCAGCCCCAAGGCCGCCCACCUCGGAUUCGUCGGAGAGGUCUCUAGAGUCGACCCCGCCGUCAUCCGCUCCCUCAUCGAUACCAACCAUAUCCCGGUCGUUACCUCCGUCGCCGCUGACGAGUUCGGACAGCUCUACAACAUUAACGCCGAUACCGUUGCCGGAGAACUGGCGGCAGCGAUGGGAGCGGAGAAGCUGAUUCUGCUGACCGACGUGGCGGGGAUCCUGGAGGAUCGGAACGACCCCAACAGCUUGGUGAAGAAGAUCGACAUAAAAGGAGUAAAGAAAAUGGUGGAAGAGGGAAAAGUUGGAGGUGGAAUGAUACCUAAGGUUAAUUGUUGCGUGAGAUCGCUGGCACAAGGGGUUACUACGGCGAGUAUUAUUGAUGGUAGGGUUCCUCACUCUUUGUUGCUCGAGAUUUUAACUGAUGAAGGUGCUGGAACUAUGAUAACUGGCUAA